UCUCUCACUGGACCAGUAAUCGCAGUACUUCCCCUUUAAGAAAGUGACAGUAACGAGCGCUGGAGAAGCUGGUCAGGAACUGGCCAGGAGCGGACGGCAGUGAAGGAAUCUCCAAACUUUUUCCCAGCACACAGUGCCGCGGUCCGUUUACUGUCUAACUUCGCCUUCGGCUUGUCCACGACUGUCAAAAAUAACGGCUGCGUUGCCAUACUGUGUGUGUGUCGCUGAGAAAGUGGAUGCUACUGGGCGCUUGGAAGAACGAAACUUGCUAGAGGAAAAACUUAUGGAGUGAUGCCCGAGCGACUGCAUCCCUCCCUCCAAAGUUCAGCUAAGGUGGCUAACGUUAGCUAGCUCAGGACUCAGCUUGCUAAUCCUGGUGUGGAAAGUUUGGAAGAACUUUUGUUCGUAUGUCAAAACAAGUAGUAACAAAUCACCUGAUGUAGCUGAGGAAGGCUUGAGGGAAACUAAUACUUGUGGAAAACUUAACGUUAUCAUCCUUGGCUUGUUGUCUUAGCCCGACCCGGUUACAAUAUCAAGCUAAUCAUUUUUAGCCAAGUGGAGCUAGCUGACAGACAGCUAGCCUCUGGAAAAGUGAAGUUAUCCAGAGCUUGUGAGCUCAAACUCAGUCAGAAAUGACACGACAUACAAAUUUCGUCUACCAGCUAGCAGCUAACUCCACCGUGAAAAGACUGCAGUGUUUUUAACGUUUUGGGACCAGCUGAGUAGUAUCAACACGUACUGGAUGCUACUUGAGAUGUGAAGUGAUGAGGCUGAGCGAUAACCCUGAUGACCGCAUCAUGAGAAAGUAAUAUCGGAGCCGGAUGUACUUCAUUCCUGUCAUUAUUAUUACUUUGCCUUGUGCUCGGUAGGAAUGGCAUGGACAGACAGUAAACAGAUUUGACAGAUACUAAGGAGCUCUGUUGAAUGUGGGCAACUUUUUACAAGCCGUGUGACUUCUGAAGGAGCUGGGUCGAGUGUUUUGGUCUGUACUGUUGAUCCCAAGCCGCUCAGUUAUCAUCAACUCUGCAUUUUUUUGUUUGUUUUUUUAUUUUGCCAUUUCAGUUUGGCCACAUCCCUGCCUCUUUAUUGAGAGUUUCUGGGGGCCAUUCCAACUUAAGGUUUGUAGUCUUCUUGCAUUAUCAUCAGGCACAUCCACAGGGCCUGCAUCUUGGAUGAAGAGGAGAGUGCUGUCAUGAAGGUGACAGUGACAUUUGGACAGACAGGUGUGGUGGUACCCUGCAAGGAGGGGUGGACCGUGAGAGACCUCAUCCAGCAAGCCACGCAGAGAUACAGAAAACUCCUGGAACAGGAAGGAGAGUUCCUGGUCCGGACUCACCACGUUGAAUACUGUGACGGGGGGAUUCUGGACCCAGAUGACAUACUCAGUGAUUUGGUAGAGGACAAAGAUAAGCUGAUGGCGGUGUAUGAGGAGCAGGAAGCCCAGCAGAGGGGUGUGGCUAACACAAGUCUAACCCCCAGCCCAGACCUCUACCAGUCCGAGCUCUCUGUCUUCCAGCCAAUCACAGGAGGGGAGAUUGAAGUCAAUUCCUCAGCCCUCAAGUCCAACACCCCCCUGUUGGUGAGAAGUAGCAGUGACUCAGCACUCGGCCCACAGCUGACAGAGACUGAACCCUCCUCCGUCAAUGAGGACACCUCCAUGAUGGCAGCCAGUCCCGCUGUGGAGAGACCAGCAGGGGUAGACCGACCCCAAGGCAAACACUCGUUCAAUGGCAGCCUGACUAGAACAGUGGAGAUCCUGGGAGAGGACAGUCCCCUGGGAAUCCAUGUGGUCCCUUACUGCUCGUCGCUCAGUGGACGGUCUCUUGGUCUGUACAUUCGAGGAGUGGAAGAGGAAAGUCGCUCAAGAAAGGAGGGCUUGUUCCAAGAGGAUGAGUGCAUCGUCAAGAUCAACAACACCGACCUCAUGGAAAAGACGUUUAGCCAAGCCCAGGAAGUGUUCCGUCAGGCAAUGCGCUCCCCAGUUGUCCGUCUGGAAGUAGUUCCCUCCUCUAACAGAGAACGCUAUGAGAGGAGUCUGAUUGGUCAGCUGUUUGGCAACAGUUCUGGUCCUGACAGCAGCCCACGAAUCAUCAAAAUCAAAGAGCCCCCGCCACCUGUCAAAGCCAAACCCAUGUUUAAGCCCUCCGAGAAUGCAGCUCCACGGCUGGCAGAGGAAGCUGCCCCUAUGGAAGCUACUGUUAGUAGCCCCAAGGGCAGGAGUGAGAGCCCCCUCCUGAAGAAAAGCUCUGCCUUCUCCAACUUGGUGGCCAAUAAGAGAGGAGGAAGAAGACUGAGGAUCGAUCUAAAGAAAGGUUCGGAAGGUCUUGGUUUUACUGUAGUAACCAGAGAUUCUUCAGUCCAUGGUCCUGGUCCCAUUCUUGUCAAAAACAUUCUGCCACGUGGAGCUGCUGUCAAAGAUGGACGCCUGCAGUCUGGAGACCGCAUACUUGAGGUCAACGGUGUGGAUAUCACAGGUGUUGGCCAAGAGGAGUUGGUGUGUAUGCUACGCAGCACGCGUCAAGGAGAGAGCGUGUGUCUCGUGGUUCAACGGCAGGAAGACAUGUUCCUGCCCCGAGAGAUGAAGGACGAGAUUUCUCGCGUGCCGGCCUUUGUUUCUGAGAAUGGGAAGGAGCAGCUAAUGUUUGAGGUGCCUCUUAAUGACAGCGGCUCGGCUGGGCUCGGCAUCAGCCUCAAAGGAAACAAGUCCAGGGAGACAGGAGAGGACCUGGGGAUCUUCAUCAAAUCCAUUAUACAUGGAGGGGCUGCGUACAAGGAUGGACGUUUGCGUGUCAAUGACCAGCUGGUAGCCGUAAACGGAGAGUCGCUGCAGGGAUGCUCCAAUCAUGUGGCCAUGGAGACACUCCGCCGCUCUAUGUCGCAGGAGGGAAACAUAAGAGGGACAAUCCAGCUAGUGGUGCUAAGAGCUCUGAAGGAUCAACAUGGCGUGUCACCCAACCGCUCGUUUGACAGCUCCUCUGGCCUGUCAGGUCUGGGGAGCCCACUGAACGGUCAGACUAACGGACCAAUUCAGCCUCUGGUGGUUAACAACAGUGUCCCUGCUUUUAAUGUGACCAAUGGGAGCUGUUCUCACAUGGACGAAGAAGAGGAUGCGGAGCUGCAUGGACACGGAGCAGAGUUCAGCAGCUCCUUUCUACAGGAGAGGGAAAACUCCCACACUUCUAGCCCGGCUCAGCCCCAGUCUCCUACCCAGAACCAGAACCAGCGGCAGGUUCAGCAUGUUAAAGCCUCCAAGAGCAUGGACCUGGGUACGACUCAGAACCAGCAACCCACUGUGGCAGAUGAGAGCAAUGUCGGAUCCUUGGUUGGAAACGCUGCAGCUCCAUCAACCCCUCUAGAACUUGGACCAACCCUCGGCUUGAAGAAGUCCAGUUCGUUGGAGAGUCUCCAGACAGCCAUGUCGGAGGUUAACAGAAAAAACGAAUUCCUCCCAUUCCACCGUCCACGCCAAAAUAUGGUCAGGGGAAGAGGCUGCAACGAGAGUUUCAGAGCAGCUAUUGAUAAAUCCUAUGAUGGGCCCCCUGAAGAUGAUGAUGAUGAUGGUUCGGAGCUGAGUUCAGGCCGGGACACCCCCGCAAGUAGUUCGUCCCGCCAGGGAGUGGGGGAUCGCACAGAGGAGAAAGGCAAAAAAGACAAGAAAAAGAAAUCAAAAACAAAGAAGAAGGAAAAGAACAAGGGGAAGGGAAAAGAGAAAGAGAAAAAGAAAGCAGAGGAGCCUGAGGAGACAGAAAAGAAGAGCAAAAAGAUAGGCUUUGGCCUGCUGAGAUUCGGGAAGAAAAAAGACGAGAAGAAGGAGGCGAAAGCAGCUCUGCAGCGACAGAAAUCAGACAUUUUGAGUGACCAUGAGUUUGAGAGGAUGAAGGAUGAGAGGGAAAGAAUCGAGGCCGGGCACCCUGAGCUGCGAGACCAGCGGUCCAGAGACCAGCAGGGUGGUGGCGGCUCGACAUAUCCUGAUGUUGAGGAUGACGACACAGACCCAAACUAUGCACGAAUACAAUCCUUCAGGGACCGAAAUAUGGUUUCAGUGCCGCAGCCCAUGCCUCAGGCGCCACCAUAUAGUACAGUUCAGCACAUCCAUGCCCGCACCCCAUCCCCCCAAGGCCCUUCAAGCUUUCCAAGGCAUGGAAGUCACGGUAACGAACCUGCAGCCGUCCCUGAUGAUGACCCCCUUGAUAGACUGUACGCCAAGGUCAAUAAACCAAAGGGAGCCGGAAGCACAUCUCCUCCUGUCUCUGCUGCUGCCAAUGACAGUGUGGACAGGAUCCAACAGUUACGAAGAGAAUACCAGCAGGCAAGGAGAGAAGGAAUGGUGCCGCCUUAUGAAGAAUUGGAGCCACGACGGCGAGGGCAUGAAAAUGAUGCUCACAGGAUGCCAGGCAGAGGGGCAGAUCAUCGCUUGGCGCCGCGUUAUGAAGAGGUGGAACGUCAGUAUGCCUCCUUACCAAGACGAGGCCCACUGGAUCCAGCUGACUACCCCAUGCAGCCCUGGUCAGGUCAUUACACCGGACCUCCCCAGACCCAGCAGGUGUACCCUCAGUCCCCAUCCUACCCGAGCCCCAGCUCCCAGCCUGGCCCUUCUUACUCUGGCUACCCACCUGGACAUCCAUACGCACGGCCAGGAGACCCUCGAGGCGUUGACCCUGGAUACUACGCCCACCCGAGCUCCCAGCAGAGAGGCCCCUUACGGCAGGACGUGCCUCCGUCACCCACCCCACCACUUCGUGGACCACGGUACGACACUAUGACUCGUGGAAUCGGAGGUGGAGCUUACAGGCACCUGGUGGAUCCCAGUCCAGACCAGUACGGCUAUGCUGGGGAGGGGGGAAGACAGCAGCAGCAGCACCAAACCAACCCGAGACAGAAGAAUGCCAUGACUGCAGCUGUGUAGACCAAUCAGGUCCAGAAAUGGAAACGAGCAGAAGGCUAACUGCUUUGUGUUGCGCAGCUCUUCUGCUUUCGGUACUCCAAUGAAAAAGAGUUGAAUCCUCGUAACCGUGUGGUUGGAAUCACCAUCAUUAUCAGACGUUGUCCAUGCUGUUUGAAGUAUAUGGUAAUACACAGACAAGCAAGGUAAAGGAGGUUAAUUAUAGAGUGGUCUGCGUGAUGCACAAUGUCUUCUUGCUUGAAGUCACUUAAAUUGUUCUUUCCGGAGUGUAACACACUCCGGGUUUUUACUUUUCACUAAACUCCGAUUAAGUCGUCUCUUUCAAGGAGUCUGAGCAGCAAAGGUCAUUCGGUCCGUUUAAAUGAAGGCGAAAGAAUCACACACUCAUACUGUACCCGAUGGUUUCACUGCCGCUGCUUCAUGAACAAGAUAAAAAAAAUACUAAAAUGCUCUUUGUAACGUGGUGACAGAAAUAAAUGACACCUUUUAAUGUCGGUGUGUUGGUAAGAUUCAGCCAAAUGAUUUACCUCAAAGUGAUUUUAUGGCUUUGAGUGUCCUCUUAAGUAGAAGUUGAAGAUGAUGGAAAAAGUCAGACUGUUUGUUUUCCAAACUUGUAUGGAUAGCAAUAGAUUAGUCUGAAGAUAUUGUUAUUUUCUCUAACAGAAACAAAAACAAAAAAAAUCAUCAUAACUGUACAAUAACAAAGCAGUAUACACGUCUAUGC